AUGCCACAGGCUGCACGAUGGGUGGGUUCUCCCUCUAUCAAGGGAAAAUCGGAGUCGAUGCGAAUGGCACUGUUGACAUUCAGCUUGUUGGGGUUACAAUUUACUUGGGGCAUUGAAAUGACCUUCACCGCGUCUUGCGAUUUGACCAGUCCCGCACUCGAAAUAGAUUGCACGCCGUACCUGCUCCAGCUGGGCCUUACAAAGUCUCGGACUUCGCUUGUGUGGAUUGCUGGCCCCUUGUCUGGGUUGAUCAUUCAGCCUUUGAUCGGUGUCAUUGCGGAUCGUUCACGCUCGAAGUGGGGAAGGCGCAGGCCAUUUAUGGUCGUUGGUUCGUGUAUUGUCGCAGUGUGUUUGCUAGUGCUGGGGUGGACGACGGAAAUUGUCAGCCUAUUCGUGAAAGAUGCAGAGAAGGCAAAAAAUGUCACCAUAGCCCUUGCCGUCCUGAGUAUCUAUGCAGUUGACUUUGCGAUCAAUAUAGUUCAGGCUUGUUGUCGCAGCUUGAUCGUUGACACGUUACCGAUUCCAUUGCAACAAGCUGGGUCAGCAUGGGGGACUCCGAUGGAAAAGCGGGAGCGGUUCAAGUCAUUUCUCAACUUUUCAAGACGACAAUGGACCUUCCUCCUCGCAUUCAGGCAAUUUGUUGGGCGCAAUUCUGGGCUUGGAUUGGCUGGUUCCCCUUCCUUUUCUACAGUACUACUUGGGUCGGUGAGACGUACUUCCGAUACGAAGUCCCCAAAGACGCUCCACAGUCAAGCGACUUUCUCGGCGAAAUUGGACGCGUCGGCACCUCCGGACAGUAAACGGUCCAGAUUCACACCUCGCCCGCCACCUGGGAUAGCUGCGCUUCUUAAGAGGAUCACAGCGAUACGACCAGACCUGCAGACAUCAUGGAUGAUAUCUCAUGUGAUGUUUGCUGCGACCAUGAUCUUUGCACCUCUGGCCCGGUCUCGGGCAUUUGCCACAUGCCUCGUGGCCCUGUGUGGUAUCCCGUGGGCGAUCAGCAGCUGGGCGCCUUUCGCAUUCAUGGGAGUGGAAAUCAACAAGCUGGCGAUGGGACCUGCAGCCGCAGCGCGCUCUUCUGGCGUGACCAUGAUUACUUCUUCUACUAUCCGUUCCAGCAAUUUUGACACGGACACGGAGAUGGACGUCCUACGACUCAACCACCAUGAUACGGACAGUGACAGCGAUUCCGAUGACGACGCAAAUAUUCCUUCCACUGGCGAACUGGCUGGUAUCUACCUCGGCGUGUUGAAUCUACUCGACGACUACGCUAUGCUCGCUGACAGCUCCGAGUGCUUAACUGCAUUUCAACAUAAACCCCUGAUGAUUGAACUAAUGAUAAUACAUAAUAUGGACAUGCGUUUUUGCCUGGUGCCAGAGCCAGAAUCAGUAGCAUCUGACUGA